AAAGUGUAAAUAUCGAAUGCGUGGAGUUAAUAUUCGCACGUGUUGUUACCUCAAUGGCUCCUUGUGUGAGAUCGACACUCAUGUCUGGUGCAUAAAAAUGUUCUAGAAGCUCCAAAAAGCUUGUGCAGUCCUGCUCGUCUACUGGAACAUGGGGAGGUUGUUUGGCGACGACAACAACAAGGACCGGAUAUGUACUGAUGUCGCUUCGAAAUAAGAGAAUCGCUUCAGCCAGCAAAGACACUAAUAGAAAAAGCAAGACCGCGCUAAUAAUAUCAGCACAUUUGUAGAAUUUUAAUUGUCUUUAUAAUGUGGAGUAGCAAGACACACAAACACGUUUAACUUAACUCUGGCGUCGUGUAAGUUUUAUUUUGAAGAGCCCUUUAACAGGAAGCUUCACGUUGCAAAGCCAACUUGAUAAGAGCUACAAUGGCGGCUGUUAGCUAGUAUUGCAAACUCACAACAAACAUUUGAACUUCAAAGAAAACACAAUUUUCUUUCAAAUGGAUCUUCCGUGCUUGCCGUGGCAAGACCACGUGGCCCAGAAGUGGGCCGGACUCGAACCUGGAUACAAGGAACAUUUCACGUCCUUGCUGGAGAUCGAAGACAUCUUUAAAAGUGCCUUAAGCGUGACAACGCAGGAUGAUGCGUGCCGCCUGGGGAGCGUCUCUGCCGGACUAGCAGAUGUCCACAAAGACGCGGAGGAGGCGGCGAGGUGCAAGGAACGAGGCAACGCCAGCUUCCGGAACCGGAAGUACACCGACGCGGCCCUGCACUACUCUCAGGGUGUUUGCUUCGCCCCCCCAAGUUCGGAGCAUCUGUCUCUUUGCUACGCCAACCGCUCGGCGGCGCUCUACCACCUGCGGCACUACCAGGAAGCUCUUGACGACGUGGAGGCAGCCAAGAGGAGCGAGUACCCCGCUCACCUCCUACACAAGCUGGAGAAGCGCCGCGCACAAUGCGUGGCGCACCUUUCUUCCUCUGACGCGCCGCCCGCAGCACCGCCCACGUCCGGGCUGAGCACCCACGCUGCCGUUAAGGUCAGCCCGAAGAAAGGUCGCCACCUGGUGGCUGCCAAGAGAAUACCCGCGGGGGAGGUGAUCCUCAGCGAGAGGCCUUAUGGCUGCGUCCUCAUCCCCGGCGGCAAGGUGUUUGGGCGCGAGUGCAGGCGCUGUCACAGGUGUUUGAUCCGAACGUUACGUCCGGUGCCGUGCCGGGGGUGCGCCUACAGCCGCUACUGUUCCAGCGCCUGUCAGACUCUGGCCUGGGAGGAACACCACCGCUGGGAGUGUCCGCUGGGGCCACGCCUGCAGGCGGCGGGCGUGAUGUCGCAGCUCGCCCUGAGAGUGGCGCUGACGGCCGGUGCGGAGAACAUCCGUGCGGCCGCCGAGUCCUCGGAGUGCGCCGAUCACGCCUACACGCGCGUGUUCCGCCUCCUGCACCACUCGGCGCGCCAGAGUCCCGACAUGCGCUUCCUGUGCGCGGUCACCGUGGCGACGCUGAGCCUCGAGCUGGACGGGGACGGCGGCGCGGAACGGCGGCUGCUGGGAAGCGCGGCGCUGAGGCACCUGCUGCAGCUGCGGUGCAACGCCCAGGCCGUGAUCACGCUGCAGCACCAAGGUCCGUCGAACGCUCCCGUGCAGUCCAGCCAGGAGGAGCGCGUGGCCACGGCCCUAUUUCCCACGCUGAGUCUCCUCAACCACGCCUGCUGUCCCAACACCAGCCUGGCGUUCAGCGUGGGGGAACCACCCGGCGUCGCCGUCACCGUCACCGUGCGGGCGUCCCGAAGCGUGUCUCCUGGACAAGAGGUGACGCACUGCUACGGUCCCCACAGCAGCAGGAUGGUCGCCAGGGAGCGCAGGCGCCUCCUGCUGGAGCAGUACUACUUCCUGUGUGAGUGCGGCGCCUGCGUGCGGGCGCAGGACGAGCAAGUGCGGCGUGAAGGUGGAGCAUCUGGACUGCUGUGUGCUGAGUGCAAGGACUCCCCCCUGACGAAGGACGCAGGAGGAGACUUGAAAUGCUCGUCUUGCGGCUGCCUGGUGUCGUCCUCCGAGGUGACGCGUAGGCUGCAGGAGGUCCAGCAGGACUUGGACUUGGCCGUGGACCUCAUGGAGAAGCAGAGACCAGGUGAGGCCCUGGUGCUGCUGGAGAAGUCAGACGGGAUGCUGGCGGAGACACACCCCCUCCAGGGCCAGCUGGCGGACGCCAUGGCGAGGGCGCACGCCACAAUGGGCCAGUGGCGCCGUGCAGCCGCCCACGUGGAGCGCAGCGCCGCCGCCAUCGGCGCCCAGUUCGGGGAGGAGAGCGUGGAAAAGGCUCGCCAACUUUUCAAGUUAGCUCAGCUGCACUUUAACGGCGCCGCCACAAGCUCCGCCCUCGCCGUCAUCCCCGAAGCACGCCGCCUCCUGUGCCGCCACUGUGGCCCCCACUGUGCUGAGGUCCAGGAGCUGGGCGCCAUGGAGGAGUGUUUACGCCACUCGUCCACCGUCUUGCAGUAACUUUCACAAUAAAAGUCCAGGAGCUGGGCGCCAUGGAGGAGUGUUUGACUGAACAGUCAGUAACUUUCACAAUAAAAGUCCAGGAGCUGGGCGCCAUGGAGGAGUGUUUGACUGAACAGUCAGUAACUUUCACAAUAAAAGUCCAGGAGCUGGGCGCCAUGGAGGAGUGUUUGACUGAACAGUGAGUAACUUUCACAAUAAAAGUCCAGGAGCUGGGCGCCUUGGAGGAGUGUUUGACUGAACAGUCAGUAACUUUCACAAUAAAAGUCCAGGAGCUGGGCGCCAUGGAUAAGUGUUGGAAUGAACAGUCAGUAACUUUCACAAUAAAAGUCCAGGAGCUGUGCGCCAUGGAGGAGUGUUUGACUGAACAGUGAGUAACUUUCACAAUAAAAGUCCAGGAGCUGGGCGCCAUGGAGGAGUGUUUGACUGAACAGUCAGUAACUUUCACAAUAAAAGUCCAGGAGCUGGGCGCCAUGGAGGAGCGUUUACGCCAGUCGUCCACCAUCUUGCCGUAACUUUCACAAUAAAAGUCCAGGAGCUGGGCGCCAUGGAGGAGUGUUUACGCCACUCGUCCACUAUCUUGCAGUAACUUUCACAAUAAAAGUCCAGGAGCUGGGCGCCAUGGAGGAGUGUUUACGCCAUUCGUCCACCAUCUUGUAGUAACUUUCACAAUAAAAGUCCAGGAGCUGGGUGCCAUAGAGGAGUGUUUGACUGAACAGUGAGUAACUUUCACAAUAAAAGUCCAGGAGCUGGGCGCCAUGGAGGAGUGUUUGACUGAACAGUCAGUGACUUUCACAAUAAAAGUCCAGGAGCUGGGCGCUAUGGAGGAGUGUUUGACUGAACAGUGAGUAAAUUUCACAAUAAAAGUCCAGGAGCUGGGCGCCAUGGAGGAGCGUUUACGCCAGUCGUCCGCCAUCUUGCAGUAGCUUUCACAAUAAAAGUCCAGGAGCUGGGCGCCAUGGAGGAGUGUUUGACUGAACAAUCAGUAACUUUCACAAUAAAAGUCCAGGAGCUGGGCGCCAUGGAGGAGUGUUUGACUGAACAAUCAGUAACUUUCACAAUAAAAGUCCAGGAGCUGGGCGCCAUUGAGAAGUGUUUACGCCAGUCGUACGCCAUCUUGCAGUAACUUUCACAAUAAAAGUCCAGGAGCUGGGCGCCAUGGAGGAGUGUUUGACUGAACAGUCAGUAACUUUCACAAUAAAAGCGCAUCACGGCGCUCUCUGAGCGUCCAGCCUCAUUUCACGCCGGUGCUAAUCCCUGAUGGAGGCGUAACCGUGCCGACACAGAGCCCGCACUUUGACCUUUAGAGGGCAGCGGCCGUCCUUCCGACUGCGACGUGCAAUUUCACGCUCGGGCGGCCGAGAGCUGCUGAGGUCCUCGCAGGUCAGUCACGUCACACAUUUGCAUUUGUGGAAGUGGUCACAGAGGACCAAAGAAUACCGGAUCAAGUCCUCUGGUCUUCUUGGCUCAGGUCAGGGCAAAGAAGGAAGUGGAUGAAGGUUGAUGUUCCUACAAGAACACUAAACCAUAUACAAUACAAUGUAAAAUGAGUUAAAAACGUUAGCAUGCUAACAGUUAGCAUUACUGUCACUGUAAUGUUUAAUAUGCUAUUUUUUUUAGCAGUGAUGGAGCAGGAAGGGGCUAGGAAUAUGUUUGCCAAAAAAAAAAAAAAAAGGGUAAAAUUUGUUAAAAACGUUAGCAUGCUAACAGUUAGCAUUAGUGUCACUGUAACAUUCAAUAUACUUUAAUAUGUUGUGUUUUAGCAGUGACAGAGCAGGAAGGGGCUACGAAUAUAUUUGCAAUAAAGUGUAAAAUUAGGUAAAAACGUUAGCAUGCUAACAGUUAGCAUUAGUGUCACUAAUAUUUAAUAUGCUAUAUUU